AUGAUUAUAAAUUCUAAAAAUUCACUUUUUAAUAAGAUAGUAAGUAAUCAAGGAAAUAAUUAUUUUUAUAAAAUUAUGAAAAUAAAUUUUUGUCUUAGAAGAAAUGUUAAAUAUAAAAAAUAUGGAAUUAAUGAAAUAUUGCAAAAAAAUAUACCAUUUGAAAAAAGUAUAAAAAAAACAUUAAAUAAUUAUAAUUUAUUUCAUUAUUAUAUAUCUAAGAAUAAUAGAAAUAAUGGUACAUUGUUUGACCUUAAAAUAAGAAAAUUUUGUACACAUUCUACAGAGAAAAAUUUUGGAGAAAAAAAAAUUGAUGAAAAAUAUAUGAAUGAAGAAAUGAAAAUAUUUAAAGAAAAAAUGAGAAAGGAAAGAUUAAAAUAUAAAAAAGUCAUAUUUUUUAUUUUUUCGACUAUUUUGGGUGUAUAUGUAUAUUUUGAAUCUUAUAAUCCUGAAUUUUUUUUAUACGAUAUAUUUUUAAAAUUUUGUUUAAAAUAUGUAGAUUGUGAAUUAUGUCAUGAUUUAUUUUUAUUAUUAGGAAAAUAUAAUUUAUUACCAUAUGAUACAACUAACGAUAGUAUUUAUUCAUCAUCAGAAGUAAAAAAUUUAAAAUUUAUUAAUCCAUUUGGUGUUGCAGCGGGAUUUGAUAAAAAUGGUGUUUCUAUAGAUUCAAUCUUGAAAUUAGGUUUUUCAUUUAUUGAAAUAGGAACAAUAACUCCUAGAGAACAAAAAGGUAAUGAGAAACCGAGAAUUUUCAGAGAUAAUGAAUCGAGAAGUGUUAUAAAUUCAUGUGGUUUUAAUAAUAUUGGAUGUGAUAAAGUGUCAGAAAAUUUAAUAAAAUUUCGUAAAAAACAAAAAAAUGAUAAAUUAUUAAGUAGACAUAUUGUUGGUGUAAGUAUAGGAAAAAAUAAAGAUACUCUUAAUAUUAAUGAUGAUUUAAAUUAUUGCAUAAAAAAAAUAGCUAGAUAUUCUGAUUAUAUUGCUAUAAAUGUAAGUUCUCCAAAUACUCCAGGAUUAAGAGAUAAUCAAGAAUCAGAGAAAUUAAAAAAUAUAAUUUUAAACGUAAAAAAAGAAAUAAAUAAAUUAGAAAAAGAAGAAAAUAAUAAUAAUAAUAAUAAUAAUAAUAAUAAUAAUAAUAAUAAUAUAAAUGAUAAUUACUGGAUAAAUACUACAAAAGAAAAACCAUUGAUUUUUGUUAAAUUAGCACCAGAUUUAGAACAAAAUGAAAAAAAAAAAAUUGCUCAAGUGUUAUUAGAAACUGAAAUAGAUGGUAUGAUUAUUUCAAAUACCACAACAAAAAAUUUUAAUAUAAAAAGUUUUGAAAAUAAAAAAGGAGGGAUUAGUGGGGAAAAAUUAAAAGAAAUGUCAACUAAUUUUAUAUCUGAAAUGUACAAUUAUACAAAUCAAAAAAUUCCAAUUAUUGCAUCAGGAGGUAUAUUUGAUGGAAAAGAUGCAUUAGAAAAAAUUGAAGCAGGUGCAUCUGUUUGUCAAUUAUAUUCAUGUCUAGUUUUUAAUGGUAUGAAAUCUGCUAUUAAAAUAAAGAGAGAAUUUAAUAAUUUACUUUAUCAAAAGGGGUAUUAUAAUUUAAAAGAGGCUAUUGGUAAAAAGCAUAAAAAAAAUAAGAAAUUAAAUAAAUAA